UGGAGUGCGGUGGAAUCCGGAGGCCAGACCAGUUAAAAAACCUCCCUGCUCCUUGAGGGAAAGGGUCGGGGAGAAGCUGCUGCUCCUGCUCCGGGGAAAUGGGUGGGAGGGAAGAGGCCCGACUGCAGCCCCGCUAUUUGUAGGGCCUGUCGGUCUCCGUGUGUGUGUGUGUGUGUGUGUGUGUGUGUUACUGAGGGAGGGGUUUCAUGCGUCUCCAGGGGUCUCUGCUGCAGAGGCCUAGGAUGGGGCUUCUCAUAGGCACAGGGAUGCUCAUUCGUAUGAGAAUAGCAACAGUAAUAAUUGGGGGGGGGGUGUUGGUUUAUUUUAAAGAGAGUAUUUUCCCAAGGUGCUCAGAGUGCUUGAAUGAAUGUUUCUGGCUAAAGAAGGAAUGGCUACAGGAAAGGAUGGGGGCGUUUGGGUCAGGGGUAGCAUGCCGAAAUGAGCAUAAUGGCAAGGACUGGGAAGUUUGUGAGGAUCCUAAAAAACGAGGGUGCAGAAGGAACUGUUGCAGCGAUUCUAUGCAUGGAAUGAGGAGGCCUUUGGUUAUUUGGCCACGUGUGAUAGGCAUGGAAACCAAAGGGUGAACAUGGGCAGAUUGGUCAUGAGGAAGUUGAGGGUGUAGUUACCACAGAAAAAGUCAUAAAAAGAGCCCUGCUGAAUAAAACAGAAGGGCCAUCCUGCUUUCAAACAUAGUGUGCCAGAUUAUUCCAGGAAUCCCACAAGCAAAGUAUGAAUACAACAGUUCUCUGUUGUUUGCAGCCAAACAGCUGCUAUUCAAAGGAGUGAACUACCAUGGCUAAAGUCAUUGAUAGAUCAGUUUUUCUUUACACCAUCAUAACAUCUUGGAGCAGUGAGUUCCAUAAGUUAGUUACAUUGCAUGGUGGGGUAUUUCCCCCUGUAUCCUGUAUCUGUUCUCAUUCAAUUCCAUUGAGCAAAUGUAAUUAGUUCCAGUAUUAAGUGAGCUUGAAUGGACUUUCUUCAAAAUGUGUGUCAUCUUAAAAACCUCCAUGAGGAGUAGCACAUAGAGGCCAUAUUAUUACAAGAAUUGCUCCUUCCUGUGAUCCAUUAGCUAAGGUGACCUACAUACAUAAUAGCACAGCUUGCCAAAAAAUCAGAGGCUGAAGAAGAUAGAUGGUAGAAAAUACAUUUUCUUGGUAGUAUAUACCGUGCUAGAAAUAAAGUGAGUCACAGCCCCCAGAUUGCAGACAAAUUAACUGUCAUUAGCCAUGAGUGCUAAAUGAAACUUUCAUAUUCAGAAACCAUAGCACUUCUGAGUACCAGAUAUUGUUGACAAUAACUAUGGCUAACCAUAGUUUUCUGUCCUUUCUGUUCAUGAACUGCCAGAUGCAGUGCAACAAGGUUUUUCAUAUGGCUGGUAUUUUUACAAAUUAACAGUGUAGUCCUAUAAACGUCUACUGCUAGGUGAGUAUGUAUACACACAGGAAGUAUACCUCGCUGCACAUAAUGGACACCUUCUUUUAUUCACAGAGUCCCCCCCCCCCAUCCACAUGAAUUAAGGGAGCCAUACUAGAGAUAGGUGGACUUUAUCCCAGGUAAUCUUAUCCCCUUCUAGCCCCAGCGUAUAGAUACAGCUUCACUAUUUGAACCUAAAUUCUGGCUAAUACAUUGUUUCAACAGUGCACAAGGCUAAUAAUACAUUGUUCCAACAGUGCACUAGGAGAAGUAGGCUCCUAGGCAUGUACAGUGGAACCUCGGUUUACGAACACGAUCCGUUCCACGGAGGCGUUCGCUCCCCGAAGGCAUGCUUCCGUGCAUGCACGAAGCGCCGAUAGAGCGCUUCUGCGCACACACACACGCUGCACAGAUCGCUUCUGUGCAUCCGACGCCGCGGAACCCGGAUGUAAACUACCACUGUAUGUACCUCUUUCCUUUCCUACUGAGAUGCGGAGAACAAUUCAGACCCCUGGUCUGCAGCAACAUGGCUUAAUAGAGCAGAGUAGCAACUUUCACACAUCCACACCUCUUGUACCAGCCUGGUUCAUUUUGUUAGCCAGCACCUAAGCUGGUGCACCAAAGAGGCCCAGAUCGUGUCCAUUGCUGUCAUGUGACAGAAGCAGGGCCUACUGAAGAGCCAGUGAUUCAUUUUCUUGUUCCCUCUCCACCCUCCAGAAUGUCCCAUUUUGUAGGUUUAUGCUUACCACCGGUGAGUGGGGUAACUGCUGGUGAUGGCUCAAAGUGUUCUGUGGCUUAAAGUGUUCUGUGCCAGUGGAGCCUGACAAAUCUCGGCAGAUGUACACCUCCGCUGCAAACACACACACACACACAUCCUGGCAGUUCAGACAGUUGGAUCACAGUGAUAUUUCACUUGUGUCACAUUGCAGACCUGUUAAGAUGGCCUCAGAGGCUGAUGGAUUCUGAAUAACUCCUGAGAGUCUUUGAGAUUUUGUUGUUGUAGCUGUUGGUCCUGUUGAAGCCCUGAUCACAUUAUGGAGUUCUGAAAUGAUGUGGACUGUAAAUUCACUUCUCUUAUUAUUGAGCUGAGGCUGUGCAGUAACUUAGCUUAUCCACUAGCUGAUGAAGAAGGUGGGGGCAAUGUCUAGAAUACAAGUGGAGGAAGACUUAAACCAAAUAUGACUGGACAAAAGUGAGAGUUCAUAUUUGAGACCACUCUCUGGCAGCAAUACAGCCCAACGAGUAUACUGUUCUACCACUAUUGUAUCAUCUCAGUGCCAUUUACUGAUGUGUCUUUGAAUGAUGAGAUGUUCCCAAAUGAGUCCACAGAAAGAUCUUAUUGCUCACAUUCAUCACAGCCUGAACAGCACAAUUAUAACAAGUCAGUCACAGAUUUAGGAUGUUGCCUAAUUAUUUUCAUAGUACAUGUUCAGGAAGUGGUUAUUAGUGUCAACUACUGGCUGGUCACUAAUAUUACUUCCAGUACCAAAUAUCAGUCAGGUGGUAGCUGGACAAUUACACACAUUCCUAAAUAAUGUUGAUUAUUUAGAUCAGGGUUUAUGCUUAGGUAUGUCACAGAAACUGAUUUGUUGGUUCUGAUGACCUGCUGUGGAAUUGGAAUGUAAGCACUUGGUGGAUUCCAAAAGAUUGUCCUGGGGUCAUUUAGCUGUGGUUAAGGACAAAGGUCCAGCUGUAAAAUGGAGCUCAGUCCAAACAAGAUGGGAUUUUUACUUAUUUAAAUAUUUUUAAGUUACACUUCAAGGUGGGAUGCAACCUAAAGCAGGUUCUGUUGAUAAAUAGUCUGCCUGACCGAGGAUCUGUUCUGCAUAGGGUUGCAUGCCCUCUUUAGUCUGCAGUACUGUUAGACCCAUCCUUUGCUAUGAACACCCAAGUCGUGUUGGUGGCAUGCAGCACUUUUCACAAAGUGCUUCAGACUAGAGUGCCAAUUGCUACUCCUUCUGAGCAGACGUAGCCUGGCCAUGUUUAUCCUUGUACCAUUCAGGCUUGACAACUACAAUACAUUAAGUGGAGCUGCACUAGGAACAUAGGAAACUGCCUUAUACCAAGUCAUGUUAUUGGUCCAUCUUGCUUAGUACUGUCUGUAUUGACUGGCAGAUGCUCACCACCAUUUCAGGUAGGGAACCUUGCAUCCCCAUCUGAAGAUUCUAGGGAUUGAACCUGCAUUCAAGGCAGGUGCUCAACUACUGAGCUACAGUUCUUUUUCAGAAGUGUCUCAUAUUGAGAACAUAUCUACCAUGCUGAUGAUGGGCAUGCGUUACCUUGCCAUCUUAAUGGCUUCCUGUGUUUCCAAGUGCUGGUGUUGCCUUGAUCCCAGGAUUUAGGGGUUAUGCCAAAGACCACUGGUUCUGAUUAUCUGUUAAGAGAUUUUUUUUCAGUCUUUUGCUUGUUGAGGUUAGGUGAUGUGCCUUCUCUGUAGUAGUUUCCGGUCUGUGGAAUGAUUCCACUAAGCACAUGCUGGAUGAUUUAUUUAUUUUUUACUAAUUUCUUCUAUGCCAUCCAAAAAUGGCUUUAGUUUAUUUUUGCUUUUUCAGUUCUACUGCUUUUAUAUCUGAAAUUUCAACUUGAUUGCUUCCUGUGCUGCCACAUGUUAUUUUGAACGUGCUUAUUCAAAUUAGUUUGUUUUGUUUUUAUUGCUAAGCUACAUUUUAGGGCAUACAAAUAUGGCUAACCUGACCCAAAACACCCACCCACCCCACUCACACACGAAACAAAGACCACCACAGCCAACCACAAAUGAACAACCAUAUCCUAGGCCAACCCCAACAUCUCUCACCACUAAAGGAACACAAGCACAGCAGAGAACCUACACAAGUGUCGCUGACAAUAAGCCCCACAUAUAUUAAGCAAAAUAGAAACAUCGUCACCCGACCCCACCCAUCCUCCCCCAUCUACCUCUUUUUCCCUUUUCUUUCCAAUGUCUCAACAAAUGAAACUGACUUGUAAAAAUGUUAUGAGAGACAUUGCACAUAUCUUUGUAAACCAAGAAAACCAAUAAUAAUAAUAAUAAUAAUAAUAAUAAUAAUAAUAAUAAUAAUAGCAGCUACAUGUUGCUAGAAAAUACCUUUCUGAAGUGGGAUAAUACAAGUCUAUCAGAUAAAUAAACAAAUCCUUUCUAUACGUGCUGUGUAAAAUCACAAUAUUCUAUCUGCGAAACAGCAACCCCCCCCCCCAAACUGCCAUACAGGUCUUGCAGAAUUAUAGAAAAGUGCUUACAUCAGGGAUAAGAAGGAAGGCAAAAGAGGGAGAAAAAAAAAGCUAACCUUUAAAAGGCCUGAGCCACUGAACUAUGAUUCAAAGACUGGAAAGAGUAAAUUAAUAUCAUCACUGCUCCUUAGUUAGUUGUUUGGCCCCCCCCCCCACGGCGAAUACAAGUAAGUUUGUAGCUUUAAGAUACUAUUUUUUUAGUACUAUAUCUGCAGAGUGAGAAAACUACUUGCACUACACAAGAAUCCCAAGGGCGUUGUUAUCUGAGAAAGGUACACACUGAGCAGAACAUUCUGGGGGCAUGCAUAGAGAAGAGUCUCUUCUUUCUAAGUAUCCAUUCUCAAGUUUGGGCAUCAUGAGCUGGCAGUUGAGGUACAAUUUUUUUUAUUAAAACAACAAUAACAACCCCACCUUCUGUGUUGCAGAGUUCAAAACCAAAAUGUCCUUUACUCUUUUAGGAUUGUUUGAUCCCAAAGACAUGCUGAAAAGUUGGGGGUGUGGUUACCCUGUUGGCAGGACUGAGAAUUAACAAUCCUCUGUGCCGCAAGAGCAAAACCUUAUAUAAUCUAGAAUAACGCUCUGUAUUCAAAAUGCCAAACAGCAGGAUUUGUGCUAAACACACUUAGGGGGCAAGAAGCAUUUCAGGUCACAGGAUUAUUUAUGCAAUCAGUAACAUUAAAAAUCCCCAUAUCUGGGUUAAAAUAUGAGGUGAAUAUCAUAUCUGUUGCAAGACAGGAAGUGAAGCUCCAGCUUGUAAAAGGUACCUGUUGUUCUAUAUAUCAUUAUAUAUGCUGAGUACAACAUACCUUGUAUUCAAUCAGUGCAGAACAAAUGGUAGUUAACAACAGUGACAAUUCCCGAUUAGUAUCAAUUAUCUAAUCAGGGUGGCCCACUGCAAAGUUUUCACUGCUAGACUGUAGUUCAAACAUUUGCUGUAAUUUCCCCCAGGGUUGUGACUUUGAUUUCAUCAUGUAUAUUUUACCAAAAGAACAACACCCUUCUAUGACUACAGCAUAACAAUUAAUUAGCCGUAUCCAAAAUAUAGAUAAUUCAGUGGUGAUUUUGAUGCAAAAAUUAGUUUUUUUAUUGUCUCCAGAGUGAGAAAACUACCGUAUUUGCAGCAAGUGCUUCAUACAAUCUUUUUAAAACUCUUCCCUUUCUGGUUGGCUGGAAGUGAUUCUUACCUGCUGCAUGUCUGGUUACAAAAGUAAUGUAGGAAAAUAAGAAUUCUCAGUAUGGGGAAUGAUGACUCUCUAUUGAGAAUGCCUGAUUUGGGGAAGACCCUACUCUUCUGAGGGGUUCCCCACUUCAAAAGCAGUAAUACAGAAUUUCCAACAUUCAUAGACUCAUAAAAUUGUAGAGUUGGAAGGGACCCUGAGGGUUCAUCUUGUCCAAUUCCCUUCAAUACAGGAACGACAUGGAUGACAGCAGUUUGGACUAGUGAAGUGAAGGUUCUUGGAGUAGGCUGAGUUAGCUGUCUACCACUUGCUCAUAAUCUUGCUCUUCAUUCCUUUAUUUCAUGAUUGUAAAUACAGUGGAACCUCGGUUUACGCCUACCUCCGUUUAUGAACGCCUCCGUUUACGAAUGCCGCGGACCCGGAAGUGUUUACAUCGGGUUCCGCAGCAUCAGAUGCGCAUAAGCGAUCUGCGCAGCUCGCACAUGUGCAGAAGCGAUAUGUGCAGUGCGUGCGCAUAAGCGCUCUAUCGGUGCUUCGUGCACACGCAGAAGCAUGCCUUUGGCAAGCGAACGCCUUCGCAGAACGGAUUGCGUUCGCAAACCGAGGUACCACUGUAUUGAAUCUGUACAAGGUGUGGUCCAUUCUGGCUGAGUUUUGUGAGCUAGGAAAUUACAUAUUGCAGUGUGUGUUUCAAUUACUUGAUAGGUAUUCUGCCUGUGACUGAUGUGGGUAACCUGUGGCUCUUAGAUGUUGUUGGACUCCCAACCUCAGUCAGAUUGGUCAGUGAUCAGAAAUGAUACACUGAUGGGUUUUGAACUUAGAAUGGCUGGCAAAGAAAGAGAGGUGCUUGAAAUACUUUGUCUAGUUCUGGUUGUCACAUUCAAAAAGGGUUUUGUAGAGCCAGAAAACUACAGCUAAAAUUAUCGAGGGACAUUGCUGUGUUUUGAUGAAUAAAGGGGGACAUGAUAGUCAAUAAAACCAUGCAUGGCAUGAAGAAAGUGAAUAUGGAGCUCCAGUGAGAGAGAAUUGUUGUCAUUCAAUGAAGCUGAAUGGUGUGAGAUUCAGGAGAGACAAGAGGAAGUAUAGCACACAGGUAAACUAUGGAAGUUGCUAUUGCAAGAUGUAGUGAUGACCAACUUGGAUGGAUUUAAAAUGUAUUAUUAUUAUUAUUAUUAUUAUUAUUUAGACAAAUUCAUGCAGGAUAAGACUAUCGUUGGCUGCUAGACACCACAGCUGUUAUUAUUCUUUCAAAUCAGAAGCAGGAUGCCUCUGAUUACAAUUUGCUGGGUAACAUGAGUGGGAGAGUAUUUUUGUGCUAACGUCCUGCUCGUGGGCUUUCAUAGGCACCUGGGAACAAAAUGCUGAUUUAAUGGGUCUCUGGAAUGAUCUAGCAGACCUGGUCUUGUGUUAUUAUAAUUGGAGUUGUAGUCCAACAACAUUUGGAGGACUACAGCUUCGCAACCCUAGUUCCUGGCCUACAAGGUUUGGAUUCGCUGAUGUGAUCCAGCUGAUACGUUGAAGCUGUCCUGUGUAAAAAUUGGCAUACAGUAAAGCACACUUCCCCAAACUUCAGCCCUCCAGAUGUUUUGGACUACAAUUCCCAUCUUCCCCAACCACUAGUCCUGUUAGCUAGGGAUCAUGAGAGUUGUAGGCCAAAACAUCUGGAGGGCCGCAGUUUGGGGAUGGCUGAUCUAUCUGUUACGAUGUGCUUCAUGCUUGUUAUUCUAUUGCCUUAUCUGCUUUUGACAGCUUUGUAAUAAUAUGGUAGCUUGAUUAUCAGCUGUCUAUUUUGCUUUGCCAUGUAUUGGGCUGUGCAUGAAUCCACACAUAUCUAAUUUAAUAUGAACCUGCUUCCUUCUGUUUUCUUCUUUUAGUAGGUAGUAAUACUUUCUUUGGGUUUCAGAAGGAUUUCGGGAGCUAUCAGAUACCAAAGAAGGCUACAAGCACUAACAGAUUCUUGAAACAUCCCUGUGUGGAGUGUUCAUGGGAAGCUGACAAAGAAAAAUAGGGCGUUGUUGAGCAGUUAUAGUAACAGCCAGCUUAAAAAUUCUCUAAAGUUCAGUAGACCAUGAUGUUCUGCAGCUUCAUUUUCUCUAAUAUCAGGUUCUCAUAAUUAGUUUGUUUGUAAGGCUUAGUAGGUGUUGACCGGAAUGGCUUGGUUAACCAUAAUAUAGAUUGAGUCAUUGCUUUCUUCUGGUGUUACUUCACAACAUUUUGCUUUCAACAUUAUGCAAAGCAAGAAAAAUAAAUAAAACAAAUCAGUUUUAACACUGGCAGGAUCUUUAUUUGGUCCCAGAAUACUUGUACUUCCAUAGUAUUUACAUUGUUCAUUUUUAUAUUUCCUUCUUUCAAGUCAAGUCUUUCAUCAUUGACUCUAUUUUUUCUUAUUCUUAUUAUUUUAGAAAAAUGCUUUUGUGUUUUAGUUCCCCAAAACUAAGGUUUUGUGUAGUCCAUGGAGGAAAAUUUUAUAGUAAUGCAAACCUUCUACAUUUCAACUCUUUAGGAUAAGCGUGGAGCUUCUAGUUCUGUCUGUUAAAAGAGUCUUCAAGCUAUGUGAUGCUUACAUGAAGACUCUUGUGUGAUUGUGUUCUUUCUUAUGGUAAAGUCGCUUUUGAACAUUGUAUUUUUCAUGUAGUGUUCCUGUCAUGUAGAUCUCUAGCGAUAGACUAGAGCUGCUGAAGGAAAAUUUCAGGGUGUUCCUACUCCAUGGAAUUAAAGCAUACUUAACUGGAAUCCCUUCAUAUGGACCAUACACAGCAUGAGGUUAACUUGGUUUGUGCUCCAUGUUGCAAAAACCUCCUAAUAGUUGCUUGCCUGUCAGAACUGCUUCCAGGUGACCAGACAAAGAAAUCUGAGGGAUUUCUUUACAGUACCUUCCUUUCUGGCUGCUGAAAACAUGACUGACACUUUUACAUAUAGAUAGACAGGUUCGUGAAAAUUUUGUGAGCCAGUAACUCUUUUACACCAAUCCAAGGCGUAAAAAAGCUGACUUGCACUUCUGCUUCAUCACUAUUUGCUUUCAGGAUCAAUAGAAAAUCAAUGAGAAUUAUGUUAUUAAUAUUUAUUUAAAGUCUUUUUUUAUAAAUCUAUUUUGAUUUACCCUUUUUUUCUUACAUCCUUAAGCCAGGGCUGGACAUGUCAACAGGGAUUAUCUCGAUCUCCCCACUGUUAAACCACAGAUACUCCUCUUCCCUCAUUACAAACUGCUCUUGAUUUUUUUCUUUUCUUUUAAAGGCAGUUUUCUUAGCAAAACCCAGGGUCAUCUGGUGUUUGAGAAACACAUCCAAGGCUCAUGUGGGUUUGCAGAAGUAGUCACACACUUAUUUCAGACCUAACCUACUUUGUGUCAUAGAAUGCAGAUAUGCUGUGUUGCAAGAAUGUAUUUGUUGAUACAACAAAGAAUGGAGUUUGGGCAUUGGCUUCCAACACUCUCUUUAAAAUUAAGAAGCUGAAAGGUUUCCAUUUUUUUUGCUAGUUAAGCAAUAUUUUUCCAAGACAUGUCAUGCCUAAUAUAGUCUAAUUGCAGCCUUCCCCCAACCUGGUGCCCUCCAGAUGUUUUGGUUUACAACCCCCCCUCUCAGCUGCAACUAAUCAGGUGUGAUGGGAGUUGUAGUUCAAAACAUCUGGAGGACACCAGUUGGGGAAGACUGGUUUAAUGGACAUAAAAUUUCAAAGCAUAAAAGAUGCUAUUUUACUGAUAAAGUGAGGUUAGAAUGUUUGUGCUGUAAGAGAUGCUGGUUUUUCCACAACAUAUUGUAAACACAUGAUUUAAUAUAUCUUUAGGAGUUGCUGAUUAGUAAAAGAACAUGCAUCUUGUUCCAUGGACACACUGUGUUCUAAGAAAAAAUUCCAUGAAGCUCUCUGAAACUCUUCCAUGUGGAUGCUGCUAGUACCGUAUGUUCAUUUUCCUGAAGCAGCAGCUUUCAGUAGGCUCACAAAUGGUUAGUGUUGACAGUGCAGAAAAGGGAAACAAAGGUAAAUCAGGGUUUAAUGAGGAGCACAGCAUUCAUUAGGGAUGAGUUACACAGAUGAAUGCAAUUCCUUUUUGUCAAAGACAGAAAUGGAUCUCUCAACUAGUGAAAUUGUAUCCUGAGGCAGAGUAAAGAAAAUACAUGCAAAAGAUGCAAAAAAGGGAACCAAGACAAGCUAAAAUGAACUGCAGAUAGUCAUAAGAAAUACCAAGCCAGAUGCAAGAAGUAGUGAUGAAAUAAAAUUCUAAACAGCAAUCCUUAGAGUCCUCAGUGCAUUUUAUAAGUCUGCCAUUUUUAACAACACAGUCUGACUGCUAGGUCUGGAUAAUCACAUUUUCAUUUCCACAGAGAAAAAAUGUAAAGGAGUCAUCAGAUUGAUGUUGUCAUAUAUAAGUAAGGAGCAGGAGAUUAAAAAUGAGAGAGUGGGGGUGGGGAAGUUAGGUUUACAUAGAAGAAAGGAAAUUACAGAUAAAUAUUGAUCAGAAUUUUAAGUUUGUCUUGCUCAUAUAUAGCUAAAUAAUCAGAGGUAAAUAUAUUAAAAAUUGCAGGCGUACACCAAAGCAAACUUCCUUUCUUUACAAGAUUUAUUAGACACCUUUCAAAAGAUCAAAGAUGCAUACAAUAAAAACAUUGACAAGUAAAGUCAUCCCAUUAAAAUAAUAAUAAUUAGAAUUGAUCCAAAAAUCGAGAGCAGCAGAGCAAUAGAUAAUAUAAUCUCUUGAUAAAAGCUGAAAGAGCACGAGAACAAAAAAGCAUUAACAAAUGAAAAUAUAUUAACCAUAUUGCGGAAUGCAAACCCUGUUUGAUUUCUCGGAUGUCUUGACAAUAUCUGCCUUGGUCCCAAAUUAUGUGUUGCUUGCCAGGAGCUGAGUGACAAAUGAAAAGUAUAGGAAGGAAACUUUAUCGGGUGAUAUGGGUUCUGAACAGUCUGCCUGGAAAUUGCACUUGAAGGCUCCAGAGUUCUGCAAAUAAACAUGCACACUACUGUUGGUUCUCAAGCCACUGGACUCCAGUAGUGGCCUCUGCUUCCAAAAAGCAGUAAACAUAGUUAGGAUUGGAAGGUCCCACUCAGGCCUCUGCCUGUCCCUGUGAUCCAGAAAGGACAGUGCUGCUUGUUGUUGCCACUUAAUCUUUUCCUUACCAGAGCAAAGGAAAUUGCAUAUUUAUAUAUAAUGAAAAUAUUGACAGUUUUAUUUUGAAUUGGGCUCAGUAAGACAAGGUCUAACUCCUUUCCGCAGCAAGCCCACUUGCCUGGAUAUUUACCAGUGGUGACAUUGGCUCAGUUUGUACGUCACAUUAAACCAUACACACUGCACAUACAUUCUCACAGCACCUCUCCCUUGCACCUUCUGCUGCCACAUGGCAGAUGAAACAACCCAGAGUCUGUGUUGUCAUGUCAUCUGAACCUAGGCUCAUGGUUUUUCCUCCAAACAAACCAUGAGCUGUAAGCCAAUAACAAACCUUGGUUACUGUUCAUGGUUUGUUUGAAGGAAACACAUCACAAUCCAAGGCUUGCCUUGUCCACAGUGCAGCCGGGGGAGAGGAAGAGUGCUGUGGGAGCUUUUGAGCACUAUGCACUAGUACAUUAAUGUAGAGAGCAAAGCGGGCAAUUGGCAGUGGCAGUGACAGCUUUUUUAAGGGGUCUCUCUCUUUUUUUCCACCUGGUUCUUGUAAGUUGAGCUGCUACCUGCUGCAGGUGUCAAGAGUGCUGAAAGAACUUCAUUUCUCAGUAUGCCAGCUGCUUGGGAAUUUGCCAAAACUGUUCUGAGAGAUGGGGGAGAGGUAUUCUUAAUGCAUAUACACUGGAGGAACAUCAGCAUAUCUUCUUUAAACAUUGCCUCUUCCUUUUUUUGUUUUGGUAAAGGACUUGCCCUUUUGUAAUAGGAAGUUUAAAAUUUUCAUCCAUUUAAAUGAAAUACAGUAACACAAAUACAAAUGUGGUGAUUGUAUUUUUCUGUCUUGGAAAAUACAGAAUUAAAAAUUUUUCAUUUUGGUGUAAAUGUUUAGAGUCUGUGGAGCAAUUGAAUUCCACUGCACACUGAAGACAGUUGAGCAUGGGAAACUUUAAGUGGUCUGGCCUCAGUGAUACAGCAUUUGAAUGAUACGUUUGAUGAAAAGUUUGAUGAAUUUGACCAUUUUUAUUUUUAUGUAAAUUUUACAGAAGAUAAAACUGAUCUUGAAAACAGUGUGAUGCAGAAGAAAAUUAAAAUCCCCAAGCUUUCUCUCAAUCACCUAGAAGAAAUAGGAGAAAUUACAGAUUAUGGGGAUGAAGAUAUGGAACUUAGACACUGUAAGAGACAAGAUGGAAGGAAACAAAAUGAAGGUACGCACAAAAGCAUUGAAGCAGUUGUUGCGCGCCUUGAAAAACAAAAUGGAAUGAGUCUCAGUAGCAAUUCCAGUCCUGAAGCAACAUUUAUGGAAGCUUCAGAAAGGAUGAACAAUAUGGACGAUGCUGUAGUUCCUCGAGUUCUGUAUGAAGAAUUGCUGCGAAGCUAUCAGCAGCAGCAGGAAGAAAUGAGACACAUUCAACAAGAACUUGAGCGAACAAGAAGGCAGCUUGUUCAGCAAGCAAAAAAGCUAAAGGAGUAUGGGACAUUAGUGUCAGAAAUGAAGGAGCUCAGAGACUUGAACAGACGGCUACAGGAUGUACUGCUUCUCAGACUAGGCAGUGGUCCUGCGCUAGACCUUGAAAAAGUUCAGCCAGAAUCCAUUGAGCCUGAGCCUGAAGUACAGAAUGCUUUCAGUGAGGAAGCAAAUACAUCAACAUACUAUCCUGCUGCUGUUCCAGUAAUGGACAAAUAUAUUCUCGAGAAUGGAAAGGUCCAUCUUGGCAGCGGCAUCUGGGUAGAUGAGGAGAAAUGGCACCAACUGCAAGUAACGCAAGGGGAUUCAAAGUAUACAAAAAACUUAGCGGUUAUGAUCUGGGGAACAGAUGUUCUUAAGAACAGAAGCGUCACAGGAGUCGCCACCAAAAAAAAGAAAGACGCCGUUCCCAAGCCACCUCUGUCCCCUCACAAAUUAAGCAUUGUCAGAGAAUGUUUGUAUGACAGGAUAGCACAAGAAACUGUGGACGAAACUGAAAUUGCACAGAGACUCUCCAAAGUCAACAAGUACAUUUGUGAAAAAAUCAUGGAUAUCAAUAAAUCAUGUAAAAAUGAAGAAAGGAGAGAAGCAAAAUAUAAUUUGCAAUAAAUUUUGAAUUUUUAAUAAAGUAUUAGUGUUUUACUCUGG